CGCCCCGUGUCCCAUUUCCUCCUCUUGUUUUCGCUCCGGAUUCUCCAUGUUGGACGCAAACUGAGGAGCCCGGAGCUGCAGCCGGGGGAUCGGGGCUGGGGGCACCCGGGGAAGCCGCUGCCCCGGCCGCCCGCCCUCCGUACAGGCCACCUCCCUUCCUGGCCCAGGGAGGGAACAGGAGGGGGGAUGUGAACAGCUGCGGGAGUCGGAGUCUCGGGAGCCGGAGCCGGAGCCGGCCCCCGCCCAGGCCCCCCAGCCCAGCCCAGCGCAGCCCAGCGUGCGCGCCCGCCCGUCCUCCCGCCCAGCCAGCCCGGGCCCGCGGGAUUGUUAGAUGGAACACGGCUCCAUCAUCACCCAGGCGCGGAGGGAAGACGCCCUGGUGCUCACCAAGCAAGGCCUGGUCUCCAAGUCCUCUCCCAAGAAGCCUCGUGGGCGUAGCAUCUUUAAGGCCCUUUUCUGCUGUUUUCGUGCCCAGCAUGUUGGCCAGUCAAGUUCCUGUACUGAGCUCACCCCGUACAAGGAGGAAACCAACACCAUUGCUAAGUCGGAUCUGCUCCAGUGUCUCCAGUACCAGUUUUAUCAGAUCCCAGGGACCUGCCUGCUCCCAGAGGUGACAGAGGAAGAUCAAGGAAGGAUAUGUGUGGUCAUUGACCUGGAUGAAACCCUUGUGCAUAGCUCCUUUAAGCCAAUCAACAAUGCUGACUUCAUAGUGCCUGUAGAGAUUGAGGGGACCACUCACCAGGUGUAUGUGCUCAAGAGGCCUUACGUGGAUGAGUUUCUGAGACGAAUGGGGGAGCUCUUCGAAUGUGUCCUCUUCACUGCCAGCCUGGCCAAGUAUGCUGACCCAGUGACAGAUCUUUUGGACCGCUGUGGGGUGUUCCGGGCCCGCCUGUUCCGUGAGUCCUGUGUGUUUCACCAGGGCUGCUAUGUCAAGGACCUCAGCCGCUUGGGGAGGGACCUGAGGAAAACCCUCAUCCUAGACAACUCACCUGCUUCUUACAUCUUCCACCCAGAGAAUGCAGUGCCCGUGCAGUCUUGGUUUGAUGACAUGGCAGACACUGAGUUGCUGAACCUGAUCCCAAUCUUUGAGGAGUUGAGUGGAGCAGAGGAUGUCUACACCAGCCUUGGGCAGCUGCGGGCCCCUUAGCCUUCCCUGCUUCCAAGCAACGGCCACCCCAGUAGGGGACUUUCCUACAAUGUGCCUUUAUGAUCAGCCAGAGAGAGUGAAAGCUGCAGCGCCUCACCAGAUGGGGCCUGGAAAUAGUGAGAAAUGGUUAGAAAGAGCUUUAGGACAGGUUAGAUGCCAAGUGGGCAGGUAACAGACCAACAAUACCCAGAGCUACCUGCUCCGAGCUGGGUUCCCAAGAUGUGUGUAUGUGUGUGUGAGUGCGUGUGUGUGUGUAUGUGUGACUGGCCUUGAACUGUGGCCACGGGAUGUACCGUGUUUCAGGUUGGGGGAGAAGUGGAACCGUCAAGACUCCCCCCAAGUUAGUUCGUCCUCUCUCCAGUCACCCUAAGAGCCACUAAGCUCUGUUAGGGAUGAAGACUGUUGAAGGCUCCUUUGCCAAACCCACGGCCUUUCCUCAGUGUUGUAAGGCCUAUACCAAGGAGAAAGGAGGGGUCAGAGGCUGCCUUCAGGCGCCCCAGGCACAUGCCUUUCUGAAGCCUUUCUCCAUCCAGCUGCUGCGGACAGACAACACUUCUGGGAAGAUGAGAACUUGUUUCCAGAACCGGCACCCCAGUGGCCAUGGGGUCCUGUGGCCCAAGAGCUGGACUUGCCUCCAGCCAAGUGCCCAGCAUGGGCCCUUCCUGUGUCUCCUCAGUGGCUGGGGCCGGGCCUGCCUUCCUCACCACCUAGCCAUAGUCUUGAACCUGUGGGGAAGGAGGUCUUCUCCCUGCCUUGGAAGAGGACACAUAACUGAUUUCCGUUCUUUGACUCUGUUUUAAAAUUCUCUUUCUAAACUUAGAGUGUUGGGCCUGGUUUGUUUCUGACAAAGUUGCAGUCCGGGCCUGAGAUGAAUGUGGAGGGGUGCUGGGGAUGCAGGGAAAAGGAUCCCCAAAGCAUGAAUGUGUGUGUCCCCUUGGCUUGUAGACCAGCCGAGCUUGGGACUGUUCCAUGAGCCUGCUCUUCAGGGAUUCUUGGUGGUGCUGGCACAGGGACUCUUGUUCCAAAGGCUGGGCGGGGUGGCUCUAAGCAGCCCCAGCCCCUGCUGUCUCUUGGGCGGCUCUUCCCUGUUGUGUUGUCCCCCCAGGCUGUGCUGUGCUGAGCUCUGUCUGCCCCAGCCGGCAUUCUUCCUGGCUGUUGCUCUUUCUCUCCAGGGCCUCAGAGGCACUCCUGAUUUUCCUGGGCUGAAGGAGUGGGUGUUCUCCUCACUUAGGUUUGCCUGCCUAACACAGUUACCUCUGGUAACUGGUGCCCAAAGAGCUCUGGUGUAAGUGAGCCCCUCACAUACUCACAUACCUGUGCUUUCUUGGGUGUCUCUUGCCUUCAAAGGUUCUUAAUAGUGAAUGCUUUAAAAAAAAAAAAAAAGUCACAAAAUGGAAGUUUCCCCAGGGUGGAAAACAAAAGGGGAAGUGCUGCUGUAACCAGGAGCACAAGGGGGGGCCCCCCCAAAAAGGGAGCCCUGUCUCAGCAUCACUGCCUUAAUCUUGGCUUCCCCUGAGGUUGGGUGGGGUUCUCUCCUCUGCUCUCCUCUGGCAUCCCUUCCUUGGGGGUGGGAAGGGGUUCCUCUUCCUUCUCUGUUUUCCUUGGAGGCAGGUGUCACAAAGCCUUUGUAAAUUGCUUCAGGUGCAGGACACCUCCCACUCAGGACUCCACCCCUAUUAUCCUUUUCAAUUUCCAAACACUAGGUCCAGCCUCAGAAAGUAACCAGGUGGCCAGACAGGAGCUUGGUGCUCUGAGUACUGGCUGGCUGGUAUCUUUCUUUAGCCUUGUGGUGCCACAGAAGUGGAACAGAGAGUCCCCAAAGCCCAUGUGGUCAUUUCCCCCAGCCUCAUUUCCUGGUGCCCUGGGGUCUGCCUGCAGGUCAGGGGAAGAGGGUUCUAGGUUCUAGCCAGGAACUUUGUCUGCUGAAGGAAAGUAAGAGCUGAUUCACAGGCCUCCUGUGGCUUCAGAUCCAGGCCCUGGCCUAGGCCUCUUUCCUAAAAUUGUAGAUAACCUAAGGGUUAGUCAGCCCUUGGGUCAAAUCUUCUGCCCUCCGAGCCCACCGAAGUUUUUCUGACUAAUAAGCAAUAAAGAAGCGCUAAGCCUGAUGCAGAUCCUGGGACCCUUUCUGCCCUCCUCUGGGUUUCCACAGUUUUCUGGGUUGAAGAAAAGCCUGUGUGCCCUUUGCCUACCAGGCUUGUCCGGGUGCCCACAGUGUGACCCUUGAGCAGAGCCCAGGAUGGCUUGGCGGGAGUAUUCCUGCUGCCUGUGCGUGAAGCCCUGAUUUAUAGCCCUCGCUCCUGCCGGGACCCAGCUCGCUGCAGUCCUUCGACAGAAAUGCCAUUCCCACUUCCCCCUUCUCUGCCCUGCCCUGGAGAAGGAACUUGGCCAAAUAAACCUAAGCGUGAAGGUCCCUCAUGGGGACCAGAGCCAGCCCGAAGUUACUACUUGCUGUCCUGCUUCCAGUUUCACAGUGUGUUAGGAGGCAAGUGAUGAAUGCAAAACUUGCUCUUCAGAGGAAUUAGGCCAGACUCAGUUUUGGAGGAGGGUGAGACUGGCGGAGAGCCAUUUCAUUCCAGCAUCUGUUCUAGGGCUCCCCACAAGCUCUUCCCCAUUUGAGACUGGUCUUCAGGAAGCAGUAGGCCACAGUGCCUGGUCAGCAAUCAGUUCAAGCCAUGCCUGGAAUCUGCCCACCUACCAGGUUCAGUUCUUUAAGGUGCCUCUUCAGGGACACAGUGUGUCUCUCUGAUUGGGCUUCUAUAUCAAAAGCCUGAUGUUCGUGUCCCUCUCAUAGGGGGGAGCUUUGGACACAGGACUAGUUUAGAAAGGGUCAGGUAAGGGUUUCCACUCUGCACAUUGUAGAGAGGGGACACUCUGUAGGCCCAUGGGUCCCUUACUAGAGAGGAGUACAGAUGUGUCCUGGACCCUAAACGCAUGUUUAAUUGCUGAACAGAUAAGAAACCUUACAUAAAUUUGCCUUCAGUUAACCUGGGACCUUCUGUUUAGCCCUCUCCUGCCUCCCAAAGAUUUUGACCAUUUUGUAGGUGUGUAAACUCACCUCUCUAAACAAAGGCCCAGAAGUUUCUUUGUCCUAAUGCAUGGGAGGUCUCCAGGCAGUCAUGCCCUGGGAAAUGGAUUCCCUUGUAUUCCGCUGCCCCUGCCCUCUUCCCAAGGCCUCACUCGUAGGGCAGCCCUCAUAAGGCAGUCUUGCAUCUGUGUCCCAACCAGGCCAAAAAUCUGGGGAGGUGAGACCAUUUUCCCCUCCAGGCCUCCAGUUGGUUACUGGCACUAGGGCCCUUCAGUCACCUUUUUUGUAAAAUGGGAUUUAAAGUUUUGUUCUCUUGGUGUUUUUUUUUUUUUUAAGCCCAUUAAUAUCUGCAUCCAACCAGGGGAGGGCAGGUUGGAGGAGCUGGCCGGUAGCCCCAUUCCAUUAUCGCUGUGGGACCUGUCCCUGGAGCAGACCCUCCUGUUUGGACUCCGUGAGCUUCUCUUCUUGUUAUUAUUCUGUUUGACACGGUCCAUCUCCUGCUACUUUCCGCUUCCCGACGCCAUUUGCAAGGUGGGGGAUCACCUUCCCACUGUGACUGGGCUGUGGUAUUCUGACCACCUUGGUUACAGAUUCAUGGUUUGAUAAAUUUGUUGUAUUCAAGAACUUGAAAUGUAGGAUGCCAUUAAGUGUCUGUUUAUAUUUUUGGAAUAUUUGUAUUACUUACAAUUAAUAAAAGUGGGUUUAAAAAACCCAUCCAGGAAUGGGAACUGUCUCUUGA